AUGGGCCCGUCCAGGUUGAAAUCAGCUUUGUUGGCGCUUCUUGUGGCCGUGGGAUGUUUAAUACCAGCGCGGGCAGACGAACACGAACACACGUACACAGAUAAGGAGGAGGUCGUGUUAUGGAUGAACACGGUGGGGCCUUACCACAAUCGACAGGAGACCUACAAGUAUUUCUCUUUGCCGUUCUGCGUGGGCAACAAGAAAACCAUCAGCCACUACCACGAGACGCUGGGGGAGGCUCUGCAGGGAGUGGAGCUGGAGUUCAGCGGCUUGGACAUCAAGUUCAAAGAUGAGGUGAUGCAGACGACGUACUGUGAAAUCGAGCUGGACAAGAACAAGCGCGAUGCUUUUGUCUACGCCAUAAAGAACCACUACUGGUACCAAAUGUACAUCGACGAUCUUCCCAUCUGGGGGAUCGUUGGAGAGGCGGAUGAGAACGGAGAGGACCAUUACCUGUGGACGUACAAGAAGCUGGAAAUCGGAUUCAACGGCAACAGAAUCGUGGACGUGAAUCUCACCAGCGAAGGCAAAGUCAGACUCAUCCCCAACACAAAGAUCGCCAUGUCGUAUUCCGUGAAAUGGAAGAAGUCGGAUGUAAAGUUUGAAGACCGAUUUGACAAGUACCUCGACCCAUCCUUUUUCCAGCACAGAAUCCACUGGUUUUCCAUUUUUAACUCCUUCAUGAUGGUGAUCUUCCUGGUCGGGCUGGUGUCCAUGAUUUUAAUGAGAACGCUGCGGAAAGACUACGCACGCUACAGCAAAGAGGAGGAAAUGGACGAUAUGGACCGGGACCUGGGCGACGAGUACGGCUGGAAGCAGGUUCAUGGAGACGUGUUCCGGCCCUCCAGUCACCCGCUCAUCUUCUCCUCGCUCAUCGGCUCCGGGUGCCAGAUAUUCUCAGUUUCUUUCAUCGUCAUCAUCGUGGCCAUGGUGGAGGAUCUGUACACAGAGAGAGGAUCCAUGCUCAGCACGGCCAUCUUUGUGUACGCUGCCACGUCUCCCGUAAAUGGCUACUUUGGAGGAAGUCUGUACGCAAAACAAGGAGGGAGGAGGUGGAUAAAGCAGAUGUUCAUCGGGGCGUUCCUGAUCCCGGCGAUGGUCUGUGGGACGGCUUUCUUCAUCAACUUUAUUGCCAUUUAUUACCACGCCUCCAGAGCGAUCCCCUUCGGGACCAUGGUGGCCGUCUGCUGUAUCUGCUUCUUUGUGAUUCUGCCUCUGAACCUCGUCGGAACCAUUUUGGGGAGAAACCUUUCGGGACAACCCAACUUCCCCUGCAGAGUGAACGCUGUCCCACGGCCAAUCCCAGAGAAGAAAUGGUUCAUGGAGCCGGCUGUCAUCGUGUGUCUGGGGGGAAUCCUUCCAUUCGGAUCCAUUUUCAUUGAAAUGUACUUCAUCUUCACGUCGUUCUGGGCUUAUAAAAUCUACUACGUGUACGGCUUCAUGAUGCUGGUGCUGGUGAUUCUGUGCAUCGUCACGGUCUGCGUCACCAUCGUCUGCACGUACUUCCUGUUGAACGCCGAGGACUACAGAUGGCAGUGGACCAGCUUCCUGUCCGCGGCCUCCACAGCGGUCUAUGUGUACAUGUACUCCUUUUACUACUACUUCUUUAAAACCAAAAUGUACGGGCUUUUCCAGACGUCCUUUUACUUCGGCUACAUGGCGGUGUUCAGCACAUCUUUGGGGAUCAUGUGUGGUGCGGUGGGAUACAUGGGGACAAGUGCCUUCGUCAGGAAGAUCUACACAAAUGUGAAAAUCGACUAA